UGUCGUUGUUGUUCUGCGCCUCAGACGCUUCGCCCUUUCCAACCUUCCAAGUUCGGACAGAUUCUCGCGCAAGCAGCAAACUUCAAACCUUACCCUCGUUCUCCUCCUCUUCCCAUCUCAUCGCAACCCCCAAUCUACUCACCCUCCCUCUCGCAAACUACUUUCGCUCUCGCAACUAUGCCUCCCAAGGAAACCUCUACCUCCGCAGCUCCCGCCAAGGGCGAGAAGAAGCCCGCCGGAAAGGCCCCUGCCAAAAGCACCCCUUCUGGUGACAAGAAGACCGGUGGCAAGAGGAAGACCAUCCGUCGUGAGACAUACUCCACCUACAUCUACAAGGUUCUCAAGCAGGUCCACCCUGACACUGGAAUCUCGAACAAAGCAAUGUCCAUCAUGAACUCUUUCGUCAACGAUAUCUUCGAGCGUAUUGCCGGAGAGGCCUCCAAGCUCGCCUCGUACAACAAGCGUUCCACCAUCUCGUCCCGCGAGAUUCAGACCGCUGUGCGUCUGAUUCUUCCUGGAGAGCUUGCAAAGCACGCCGUUUCUGAGGGAACCAAGGCCGUCACCAAAUACCAGAGCUCCAAAUAGGGAGGGAGAUACAUUGGACAGCUUGGAAUCAUUGGCACUCGUGUAUGAACACGUCGGAGGUGUUUUUGUUCUUGUAGAUAUGAACUUUGAGUAGGAUACGAGAUUGUAUAAGGUUAAUGGUCGAAUAAAAAAUACAGAUUUCAUCUCGUC